AUGAGGUGGGGAGGAGGGUGGUGGGUGGUUGUCUCUCAACAACAAAAGGAAAUCAAUGGGGAAGGGAAGAAGGUCUGGGUCAUUGUUGAGUUGGGGUUUUGGGUUUGUUGGGAGGGGUCUGUGGAGUUCUCUAAAGGUUGCCCUAGCCUUGAUGAAGAAGGUGGGUCCUUUGUUAUCUGGGUUGGUGUUUUGGCGUCUUCCGUUAUCUGGGCCAAUGUCAACGAUGACAAAGACGGGUCUUCUGCUAUUUGGGUUGGUAAGAAGACGGGUUCUUUGGUAUCUGACAUGAAGAAGAAGAAGGGUCUUGUGGGGUCUUGGGGUAUAGAAGAAGAAGGAUUUGAGGAUUGGGACUCGAGGGUUUGGAGGAGCUGGAGUUUUUGGUUAAGGGAGUCUUGGAUGGAGGUGAAGUGGGAAUCGAGGUUAGACCAGGUGAGAUUGAAGGAGGAGAAGACGUUGUAG